CUCCCCCUCCCCCGGGCCGGGCAGGCGGCGGCGGCGGGAGCGCGCGGGCGGCGAGCGGAGCCCGGAGCGACCGCGGCGUCCGAGGCCGGCGAGCGGGAGAGCGCGGGGCGUGCGGACAAAGAGGGCGCCGCGCGGAGAGUAGCGUCUGACAUGGAUGUUACAUGAGCCACUCUCAGGGCUGCGCACAGGUGUGCCACGUGUGGUUGGACCGUUUCCCACGUGAACUAGAGGAAGAUGGACGAGUCGGCCCUGCUGGACCUUCUGGAGUGUCCCGUGUGUCUGGAGCGGCUGGAUGCCUCCGCCAAGGUUUUGCCUUGUCAGCACACGUUCUGCAAACGCUGUCUGCUGGGCAUCGUUGGGUCCCGGAACGAACUCAGGUGUCCCGAGUGCAGGACUCUGGUUGGCUCGGGUGUGGAGCAGCUUCCAAGCAACAUCCUGCUGGUCCGACUUCUGGACGGCAUCAAGCAGAGGCCUUGGAAACCCGGCCCCACGGGGGGUGGUGGCACCCACUGCACAAAUGCCUCAAGGGCUCAGAGCAGCGCUGUGGCCAAUUGUGGCUCGAAAGAUCUACCGAGCUCCCAGAGUGGACAGCAGCCUCGGGCGCAGGCCUGGAGCCCCCCGGUGAGGGGAAUACCUCAGUUACCAUGUGCCAAAGCAUUAUACAACUACGAAGGCAAGGAGCCCGGGGACCUUAAAUUCAGCAAAGGUGACAUCAUCAUUUUGCGGCGACAAGUGGAUGAAAAUUGGUACCACGGGGAGGUCAACGGGGUCCAUGGCUUUUUCCCCACCAACUUCGUGCAGAUCAUCAAACCGUUACCUCAGCCCCCACCUCAGUGCAAAGCACUUUAUGACUUCGAAGUGAAAGACAAGGAAGCUGACAAAGAUUGCCUUCCGUUUGCAAAGGACGACGUUCUGACUGUGAUCCGCAGAGUGGAUGAAAACUGGGCUGAAGGCAUGCUGGCAGACAAAAUAGGAAUAUUUCCAAUUUCGUAUGUUGAGUUUAACUCGGCGGCCAAGCAGCUGAUCGAGUGGGACCAGCCCCCCGGGCCGGGGUUUGGGGCUGGGGAGGGCGCCCCGGCCGCCACCCCGAGCAGCGCGGCCCCCAAGCAGCCCGACGCCAAGAAGAACACCAAGAAGCGGCACUCCUUCACCUCCCUGACCAUGGCCAGCAAGGCGUCGCAGGCGGCCCAGCAGCGCCACUCCAUGGAGAUCAGCCCCCCGGUCCUCAUCAGCUCCAGCAACCCCACAGCCGCCGCGCGCAUCGGCGAGCUGGCCGGGCUCUCGUGCAGCGCCCCCUCUCAGGUUCACAUAAGCACCACAGGGUUGAUUGUGACCCCACCCCCGAGCAGCCCGGUGACCACCGGCCCCUCCUUCACGUUCCCGUCGGAGGCUCCCUACCCGGCGGUCCUUGCGACCAUGAAUCCUCCUCUCCCCCCACCCCCUCUCCAGGCGGCCACCCCCGCGGGCGCUGCUGCUGCUGCCGCCGCCGCCACCACCGCCACCGGGAUGGGCCCCAGGCCCGCGGCGGGACCCAGUGACCAGACCACACACUCGCGGCCGCAGACGCGCCCCAGCGUGUAUGUGGCCAUUUAUCCCUACAGCCCCCGGAAAGAGGAUGAGCUGGAGCUGAGGAAGGGGGAGAUGUUUCUCGUGUUCGAGCGCUGCCAGGACGGCUGGUUCAAGGGCACGUCCAUGCACACCAGCAAGAUCGGGGUCUUCCCUGGCAAUUAUGUGGCCCCUGUCACAAGGGCAGUGACCAGUGCUUCCCAAGGUAAAGUCCCCGUGUCGACCUCCAGCCAGACGAGUCGAGGGGGGGGCCCGGCCAGCCCUUCCCCCACAGGAGCACCUGCCCAGAAGCCCCCGGGGAACAGCGUGGCCAGCGGUCCCGGGGUCCCCACGGCUGUGGUGUCGGCAGCUCACGUCCAGACCAGUCCCCAGGCCAAGGUCCUGCUGCACAUGUCCGGACAGAUGACCGUCAACCAGGCGCGCAGUGCUGCGAGGACAGUCUCGGCACACAGCCAGGAGCGCCCCACAGCGGCCGUGACGCCCAUCCAGGUUCAGAGCGCCGCCGGGCUGACACAUCACCCCCUGGCCUCGCCGCAGCCCCCCCCCCCGAUGGCAGGCCCCCCUGCCCACGCAGCUGCCGGCAGCCUGGGUCGGGUCAGCGCCCCCCUGGCCUGCGCUGCGGCCCCACCGAGCAUCCCCGCCGCCUCCCUGGAGACCGAGCCCGGGGGCCGCCCGGUGACCAUGCUCUCCGGGCCGCCCACCUCUCCUGACAGCGGCUCGGUGGCCAAGCCAGACAAGGACAGCAAGAAAGAGAAAAAGGGGCUGUUGAAGCUGCUCUCUGGGGCCUCCACCAAGCGCAAGCCGCGGGGGUCCCCGCCGGCCUCGCCCACCCUGGACACCGAGCUGGGGGCCGAGCUGCCGCCCGGGGCCCCGGGCCCCCCCUGCAACUGCCCCGGGCCCUGCGACGCCGACACCCCGGCCGCGGCCCCCGGCCCGCAGCGCCGGACCUGCUCCCUGGACUCGGCCCCUGUGGCGCCGCCACCCCGGCAGCCCUGCUCGUCCCUGGGCCCCGCGGCCGGCGAGGCUCGGCCCGCGGUCUGUGAAAGGCACCGGGUGGUGGUUUCCUACCCCCCGCAGAGCGAGGCAGAACUGGAGCUCAAGGAGGGCGACAUCGUGUUUGUGCACAGGAAGCGGGAGGAUGGCUGGUUCAAGGGCACGCUGCAGCGGAACGGGAAGACCGGCCUCUUCCCCGGGAGCUUCGUGGAGAACAUCUGAGGAGCUGCCGGGGGUUGGACCACGCCCAUCACCAAGUCCAUCACGCGGCCCGCGCGGACCCCGGGUGGUAGGACUCCAGCACGUGCCGUGUGCCUGGUCCUGUCUGAUUCACUCCACAGAGGAACCUUUUCUAAAAAGAUAUCUAGCUGAGACAGACAACUGUUUACAAGGCUUAACUAAUUUAUUUGCUUUUUUAAACUUGAAUUUUUCUUGUAAUAGAUCAAUUCUUUGGAUUAUGAUUUUAAGAAGUUAUUAAUUUAUGAAAUGAGAGUGGAGGAGAAGCUGGAUGAUCCCGUCGGGAGCAAGAGCGUCUCCUCGAUGCCGAAUGCAGCCCCUGCCCCGCUAGGGUCACCUCUGCUUUUUUGAGUCAGAGAUGCCGGUUCUCGGGCUUGGUUGUGUUUUUGGGAAACCAGCACACACGAGUGAAUCUGUGUCGCUGCGUAGCGGCCCGGGGUGGUGAAGCGGGAGCCUGUCUCUCUGGUUGGGUUGGGAAUCACCCCCAGACCUAGUCCUCAGUUUAAUCCUGAGGGUCUCUGAUUCCCUAGAAGAAGGAAGAAUAAAGCACAACCCUUGGACAGAAUGGGUUCAGAAAUAGAUUUAGUUUCAUAACAGAAGAGCUCAGCUCAGUGGUUGAAAGUUGAAGAACCGAGGUUCCCCCUUGUCUAAGGAUGUCUCUGAAUGUCACCAUGCUGUCAUCCCCGGGGACCUGCGUGUGCAGUUGUGCAGGAGGGACCCUGCGAGACAGCCCAGGCAUCCGUGCGGCUUUUCCCAUGCCCACCCCACCGGGGGUGCCGGACCCCCAGCACGGAGGACGCAGGUGAUGCCCCAGCCGCAUGGGCUGGAACGGGCACCCCUCUUCUGCCCCCUGCCCCGGGCCCCCCCGAGUCAAGCCCUGCCUGGCCAUGACCUGAGCUCCCCUGUCCCCCCCAGGGCGACUCAGCACAAGGGCCCAGGGCAACCCCCUCCUCGCAGGCCCGUGAACACGGGUCCUGCAGCCCGUCUCUGUCACCCCUGCCUCCUCCACCCCAGCCAGCCACGCGGCCUGGCUCAGGGCCACCCUCAAAACAGAACCAGGGAAUUCGGCCUGGCGGCGCUGGAGACCGUGGCCACAGUUUUCUCAUGAAAAAGCAAACACAAAAACCCUUUUCAUUUUUUACUUUUAAGAAUUACAGCUGGGGAAUCAGAACAUGAACUGAGAGUCUUCUUGCAAGCAGUUUCAUGGUCUUAAAGAGAUAUAUUAUGUGAUUGAAAUGAAAUCAUUCCUAAAUUAACCAUUUUUUAAUAAGACACUGUAUAUUAUGUUCCUGUGUAUUGAAUUAAAAAAAAAACUGGGAUAUUCAUGUAAUAUAUAAAGUUUUGGUGAAAUGAACUUUAGCUAGAAAAAAAGCUGCCAUCAGCUUUCAUCUGUGUAAGUUGACACCAAUGUGUCAUAAUAUUCUUUAUUUUGGGAAAUUAGUGUAUUUUAUAAAAAGUUUAAAAUGUAAAAAGACUACUACAGGAUAAGAUCAUUUUUUUACCUGUCUUUUCUCCAUAUUUUAAGCUACGUGAUUGAAGUACCUCUGUUAAUAGUUUCCUGGUAUGAAGUUGGUUAAAAUUUCAUCUGUUAAUAGAUCACUUAGAUAAUGUAAUGUAUGGGUUUUCUGUUGGCUUUUUGGGCACAGUAGAUGGAGAUUUUGUAACAAGGGCUUGUUACACGGCGAUAAGGUAAUGAUAAAAUAGCAGUUUAUCAUUCCUUUUCAUGUUAAUAAUUUGAAGACUGGAGAAAAGGUUCAAGAUUAAAAUUUGAUGUUCAACCUUUAUGCAUCCGUUGGUCCAUCCUUAAAUUUUGUCUUUUCCUUUUUUUUUUUUUUUUUAAACAUGGGACACAUUUGGCGUAGUUUCUACUCUGUAAAAAUUCUUUGUACGUACCUCAGACAGACAGCAUCUACAGUAAUGAACUUGGCGAUUAUAAUACAGUUUUGCUCUCUAGCCAACAAAUGUUAUUUGUUGAUAAGGUUUCCCCCAGGAGUUUAAAGUCUUCUUAAAAGAGUGUGUGGAGUUUCACCAGGGACUGGGUGACAUGUCUGCUCCCCUCUCCCCAUUCACGGUGGCUAA